GAGGUGCUGCGCAGGUUCAUGCGUGCCCCUGAGGCUCGUUGCUAUGGCGACGACGACCAGAACAACCUAACCAGAGCCAAAAAACAAGAAAACGAAUAAACGAGGAAUCGCUGGAAAAUAACAAAAGCAAUUAGCUUUAAAAAGUGUUUCUGAACUUAAUAUACAGUUUCUGUCUAUUUGAAUUAAAGAGAAAAGGGUUUACGAAGAACGAGAGACGACGAAACGAAAACAGGUUCAAAACAUCACUAUAGUGCAAAAUAUUUAGAGAUGGGUAUUCAUCGGAUUAGCAAGUGUCAGAUAUCAAGACCAAUUAUUGUUGGAAACGACGCAAAACCGUUGACGGAAGAAGAGAAACAAAAUGCACCCAAAGAUCAUACUCACCAUUGGCGAAUCUUUGUGGAAGGAGUGGACGGAGAGGAUAUUUCGCCUUGGAUAAGAAAGGUCGUCUUCAAACUGCACGACACGUAUCACAACUCCACGAGAAUCAUUGAGGAGCCACCGUUUGAAGUGAAUGAAACGGGUUGGGGAGAAUUCGACAUCAUGAUUCGAGUGUUUUUCCCGCCUGAGGCACAUGAAAAGCCCAUAACAUUCUUUCAUCGGCUUAAACUCCAUGCAUAUUUGACGACGGGUGAUACAGUGACACCUCUGAACGAGUAUGUGAAAUCAGAGCAGUAUGAGGAAGUUGUCUUCAACGAGCCGACUGAGAUUAUGUAUAAUAUUCUUACUCAGCACGCGAUCGGUGAUGGGCACGGGCUUGCUGUUGAGCCAGAACCUGGCCACGAGUUUUCUUUACAGCGUGAACAGGACGAAGUGGACAAACUCGACAUUGCCGUCGGAAAAGUGAACGAGAUGAUUCAGUCAUAUCGUAAGCGGCUCCAAGAACUAGGCGGUACUCCGGAACAGGGCACUCCAGUUGCGCAAUGAGCAAGUGCGAGGGAGCUGUUUGCAUGGAUUAUUUUUUUUGUAUUUUUAGGUGAACUUUCGUUUGUUCUCAUUGAUGUUUUUGUGUGUGGAGGG